GUUGGAAUUUCAAUAAUAAUAGUUUCCCUAAGUAUCAGACUUUGACUGUUUAGGGGAAUGCAUGAGCAGUCUUGGUUGUUUCGCAACUUGGUUCUCAUGUCAUGUUUAGUAUAUACUCAAUUUUGAAUAGAAGCGUUUUGACGUACGGACAACUUUGGCGCGCAAAGGAAGGGAGUGCUACAUACAUUAGUGUGGUCUAUUCGAGAAUGGCAGAUGUGCUUGAUCUUCAUGGGGAGGAUGAUUUUGAGGAGGAUCAAGAUGGGGAUCAUGGUUUGAUUAAGUUGAAAGAAAGUGCUAAGAAGAGGAAAGGCAGGGGAUUUGGAGCUGACUCAGUGGGGACAACCAAAGAGGGGUACGAAUCUCUUGGAAUAGAUGAUGGUUCGUCAAAGUCAGGACCACAGAGAUCGGUCGAAGGAUGGAUCUUAUUUGUGAGAAAUGUACAAGAAGAGGCUACUGAAGAAGAUAUUCGAGACAAAUUUUGUGAAUAUGGUGACAUAAAAAACAUACAUUUAAAUCUUGACCGACGAACUGGUUAUCUAAAGGGAUAUGCUUUGGUUGAAUACGAGAAUUUUAAAGAAGCACAGAACGCUAUGGAACAGUUAAAUGGUUCUGAGUUAAAUGGACAAAGAAUCCAUGUAGAUUGGGCAUUUACCAGGGGUCCAAAUCCGGUCAAGGUAUCAACGAAACACAGAACACGUGAUCGAAGUCGUUCAGUUGAUCGCCCACGGCGAUAGUUGUACAUUUUUCUUAUUCCAGCCGAAAUACAUUUUUAUACAUCUUAACAACUGUAUCCAUUAGAAGAUUGGCAUGCCUGUGUUAUGUUCAAAAUGCAUCAUGGGCGGUCGUUAAGUACUGACUUUAUACCGUUUACACCUAUGGAGUUGUAACUCGUUGGCCUAUAUCCCGCCCUACGUCCUAUAGCCUGGUAGUACCAUAGGGGGUUACCCCUAUACAAAACGUAUUGUUCAUAGCCUAGUGCAUAAACUUAUAUCGUGUUGAGUUGCAUCACUAUUUUCAUGCUUAAGCUGCUAUUUAUUGCUUUUAUGGUUAAGCCACAAACCUGAUGCUUCAAAACAAAUUAAUUUGGGAUUGCUAAGAGGUGAAAAGAAAAA